AUGUUUGGUUCGAGAAAGUCACAUUCUUCGUUGUCUAUCUCGCAACAGAGAUUGCUUUCCCACUCUAUGAGUGGGUUAUCGCUUCAAAAUGAGCGUAAAAUGGUUUACUAUGUAGGUGUUGACGUUGGUACAGGAUCAGCGCGUGCCUGUGUGAUCGAUAAUUUGGGGAAUAUUCUUUCGCUAGCUGAGAGGCCAAUUCAAAGGCACGAGUUGAAACCAAACUAUAUCACUCAAUCGUCUCAAGAGAUCUGGAAUGCGAUCUGUUACUGUGUUAAGAACGUUGUCAGAGACUCUGGCGUCGAUCCUAGAACUAUUCAUGGGAUUGGGUUCGACGCGACUUGUUCGUUAGUCGUUGUUGAUAAUAACAACGAGGACGUCGGUGUUGGUCCUGAUUUUACUGACAACUUACAAAAUAUAAUCUUGUGGAUGGAUCACAGAGCUAUCGAAGAGACCGAGGAGAUUAAUGCCACUGGUGAUAAAUGUUUGAAGUACGUAGGUGGCCAAAUGAGUGUUGAAAUGGAAAUUCCAAAGAUCAAAUGGUUGAAAAACAACAUUCCGGAGAAGAAGUUUGCUCAGUGCAAAUUCUUCGAUUUGGCUGACUACUUAACUUUCAAAGCUACCGGGUCAGAGAUCAGAUCCUACUGUUCUACCGUUUGUAAGCAAGGUCUAUUGCCACUUGGAGUAGAAGGAUCUAAGAACGGUUGGUCUAAAGAGUUCUUACAAGAAAUAGGAUUGGAAGAGUUGAUUGCAGAUGAUUUUGCCAAGCUUGGUGGUUCAGUAACAGAAACCACUUUCCUGUCCGCUGGUGAAUGUAUCGGUACAUUGACGGAGGAAUCUGCUGCUGAAUUAGGUUUGAGUACUCAUUGUGUCGUCGGUUCAGGUGUUAUCGAUGCAUAUGCCGGGUGGGUCGGAACAGUGGCCGCCCGUACCGACGUUGAAAUCCCAGCUUUGGUCAAAUCCGAUGAAGUGAAGCAUGGAAUUGACCGUGCCACAGGCCGUUUGGCUGCCGUAGCUGGUACUUCGACAUGUCAUAUUGCCAUGUCAAAGGACCCAAUAUUUGUUAAAGGUGUUUGGGGACCUUACAGAGAUGUUAUGGCUCCUGGGUUUUGGUUAGCUGAGGGUGGUCAAUCAUGCACAGGUGCAUUAUUAGCCCACGUUUUAACUACCCAUCCAGCAUACGCCGAGCUUUCUCAACUUUCAGAUGCAGCAAACGUCUCUAAGUUCGAUUAUUUAAAUUCAAGAUUAGAGCUAUUGGCUCAACAGCGCAAAGCUAGCUCCGUUGUUGCAUUGGCCAAGCAUCUAUUCUUUUACGGUGAUUAUCAUGGGAAUAGAUCUCCAAUCGCUGAUCCAUCUAUGCGUGCCGCUAUCAUUGGUCAAUCUAUGGACAACUCUAUCGAUGAUCUAUCCAUAAUGUAUUUGGGAGCUUGUGAAUUCAUUGCACAACAAACGAGACAAAUUGUCGAGCAAAUGUGUAAUUCAGGACAUGAAUUAGCUGCCAUCUUCAUGUCAGGAGGACAAUGCAGAAAUGGGUUAUUAAUGAGAUUGUUGGCAGACUGUACCGGUUUACCAAUUGUGAUUCCAAGGUACAUCGACGCCGCUGUCGUAUUUGGUUCUGCCUUACUAGGGGCAGUGGCAAGCGAGUCCUUUAAUGCAUGUGCUAAACUUGAAGAGACAGCAUCCGACCCUGCAACAACUUCAAAUAAGGACGUCUCCAUUCGUCGUAAGAGUUCUUUGAGCAGAAAGGAUGCUGGUAUUAUAGGAGAUGGAUCCAGAUCACGUUCUGGGUCAGCUGCAUCAGGGUUAGGACACGGUGGUGGCAAUACCCUCAAACCAUUAACUAGUUUCGCAAAGGCACAGAAGAAGACAAACGACUUGAAAUUUGCUGACAUGCCAAGUCCUUACACUGCUCCUUCUGCAACAUCAUCCACUGCACAAAUUUCUACCACUGGGGGUUAUCCAUUCCCUGUGAUGGCCAGUAAUGAGGAGGCAAUCAUCGAUGAAAUGGAAGAGGAAAAUGAAGACGAAUCGCUGUUGACAUUUGACGCUAAAACUGAAAAGUCUAAGGAGGCUGCUACUUCUGCGGCAAAUCACAACAAUGCCAAAGUCCUUCGUGAUGUAACCAAGGACAAGUUAUGGGAAGUUAUGUACAAUAUGACGGGAGGUGGUAAGGUUGUGUGGCCAACUGAAGAGGAUGCUCCAGAUAGACUUUUGUUAAACGCCAAGUACAAGAUUUUCUUGGACAUGGCGGCUACUCAACAGAAGUACAGAAAACUCGUCGAUGAAGUUAAAUGA